ACAAAACGUCUCCCUUUCAUCUCACGUUCGGGUUGCUCUGUUUCUCAUCCUCUGUUCCACCGUGGGAAAGCCUCAGUUAGGCUGGAGUUGAGACAUGGAAGAGUUCAAGAAGAGAAAACGGCCUUAAAAAUUUAGUCUUGCUGAAUCUUGGUUUUGCUUUGUUUGUCACUUAAAAAGUGGGGUUUUGCACUUGAGCUUUCUUGAGAGAGUCAAAGGAGGUAAAAAAGCUUAGAGCUUGCUUUUUCUUUUUCCUUGGUUUCUUGCAGCUGUGUUUGGAUUUUUGUUUUAAUGGAGGAUAUUAAGCGAGAGAUAAAACUUGGUGAGUUAAAGAGGGAGAGCCUUCGUAAAUCACUUGAGCAAGCCAGGGAUCAAGCGUCUUCGAUUCUGUUGUUUACUUUACAAUGGAAAGACUUAGAGAAACAUUUUGAUUUGAUUCAACAGAAUAUUGAGAAAAGAGUGGAGGUUGUUGAAUUGCAAGAAAAAGAGCUAGAAACCGAGAAGAGAGCACUGAAGGAAAGACAAGAAGUGAUUUGUUUGAAAGAAAAUGAAUUAAGUUUGUUGAAUGAAAAGAUUGAAGAAUGUAACAGGGAGCGUAAGUUGAAACAUACGGAAGCUAAUUCGACGCAAAAAUUGCUUGAAGAGUGCUCACUACAGUUUACAUUAAAAGAAGAGGACUUGGAUUCAGUUAGGAAAUUGGUUGAGGGUUGUUCUAAGGAACUUAGUUUGAAGAAAGAGGAAUUGUGUGCUGUGAACAAGUUGAUGAGUGAAUGUCUUGAAAAGCUAGAAGGGAAGGAGAAGCAAUUGGGGUUGGUAGAGGAACAGAUUGAAAAAUCUAGUAAGGAACUUGGUGUGACAGAGGGGAAGUUGGAUUUGGUGCAGUCGUUGGUUGAAGAAUGUGAAGGGAAGCUUGAGUCAAAAGAGAGGGAAUUGGGGUUAGUGACAAGAAGAGUUGAUGAAUGUUGUAAUGAGAUUUGUCUAAAAAAUAAUCAAUUGGACCAUUUGCGGAGAUCCAUUGAGGAAAAAUCUAAGGAGCUUGAGUUUAUAGAGAUGGACUUGGAUUUGAAGGAACAUAUGAUGAAUGAGUAUGAUGAAGUGCUUGAGUUAAAAGAGAAGGAGUUGGAAUGUUUGCGAAAUUCAGUCAAGGAAUGUUCUAACCAGCUUGAAAUGAAGGAGAACGAACUUGUUAGAAGCCAAGAAGUGAUUGAUGAACACUGUAAACAGCUUAAUGAGCAGGAGAAAAUUCUAAAUUCGAUCAAAUCCUUGAUUCAGGAGUACAAUGAAGAACUCGAAGCCAAAGAGGAAAAAUAUGAGGCACUUGACAAAUCUGUCAGAGAUCAAGCUGCUAAAGUCAAAUCUAAAGAGAACGAAUUAGGGUUGAUUGAAGAAACAAUUGUGGAUCGCUCAGCAGAGCUUCAUUCAAGAGAUAUUGAAUUUCAUUCACUGCAAACUACGAUAAGACGGAAUCAAAAGGAACUUGAAUCAACAAAGAAGGAGCUCAAUUCAGUCAAAGCAAGGGUGAGAGGAUAUUCUGAGGAUCUUGAAUUGAAAGAGCAGGAGUUCAAUGCUAUACAAAUGUGCAUUGAAGAACAUAGGCAAGAACUUUGUUUGAAAGAGAAGCAACUCAGCUCAGUCCAAAUAUCAAUUAAAGGAUGCAGCAAGCAGCUCAAAGUAGAGGAGGAAAGGCUUAUCACAAUCAAGAACUCAAUUUUGGAGUGCACCAAGGAACUUGAAUCAAAACAACAGCAGCUUGAAGCGCUAAAAAAUUCUCAGGGACAGCUCUCUGACAUGGUUGGAUCAAAAGAAAAGCAACUGAAUUCAAUUGAAAAGCCAUGCAGUAAUCGCCUACAGGAAGCCAAUGUGAAGGAGAAGUAUCUGGAUUCACUUAAAAGAUCAUUAGAGGAACGCUUGGAAAAAUUGGAUUUAGAAAGGAAGCAGUUUGAAGCUCGUGUCAAGGAGUUUGAAGUACAAGCAAAACAAUUUGAUUCUGUCCAAAAGGCAGUUGAAGAACGAAGUAAAAAACUAGAAUUGAAAGAGAAGCAACUAACUAAUGCCCUUCAUUCUCAAGUGAGGAGUGAGAAUCCUAGUUCUUUUUCCUUACAGGUACUUGGAAUCACAAACACAGAAACAGUGAACCCCACCAUCCUUAACCAAAUAAAGACUGAGCAGCUGGAUAAUUUUAUGAUUAGCAAUGCGCAUGAAACUUCAUCUGCUGAUCUUGGGGUUGAUGCUACAAUGGAUGGAAGGAGUUUGCAAGGUAUCAACAAUGAGCAUUUAUACGAGCCUGAUUUGAGGCAGAAUGAAGUUUUGGUUGCCCUUCAAAUGUCACCAGAUCCAGCCAAGUUUGUUCUGGAUCUGAUGCUAGGGACAUGUUCUGAACAUCAGAAGAAGGGUGGGACAGGAUUCGAAGAAAGUGUUCUGAAGAUUUAUGUCCUUUUGUUGGAACAACUUUUGCAAGUUUCACCACUUGUACAACCUAAUGUGAAAGCAGAUGCAAUGAAGUUAGCAAUCGAGUGGAAAGCGAAGCUGAGUUCGAGUGCUCAAAAUUACAUUGAGGUCUUGGGUUUUUUGCAGUUUGUUGCUGCUUUUGGAUUGGUGUCCUCUUUUAAUAAAGAUGAAAUCUUCAAACUUCUUUUGACUGCUGCUCAACACCAACAGGCUCAAAAUGUAUGCCGGGUCCUUGGUUUUACAGAUAUGAUUCCUGAUUUCAUUUGUAGUCUAAUUGCAAGGAAGCAGUAUAUUGAAGCUGUUAGAUUUGUCUGUGCGUUUGAUUGCAAGGACAAGUUCCCACCAGAACUGCUCUUUAACCUGUUCUGGGAGGAUGUAAAUGGUGUGGCUCAUGAGAAGUGCAAGAUGGGGAAGAAUUCCUCUGAAGUACGGGAGAAGGCCAGUGAUGAACAGAUUGCUGCACUGAAAUCAGCAAUUGAAUGCAUCAAGAAUUGUAAGCUUGACUCCAGUAUGCCGGUUGAGGUCAUGGAGAAGUGCAUUGCUCGGCUAGAACAGCAAAAGAUGAACAGGAGAUUUUCUGCACUAGCCCCAGCCCCUGCAAUUCAACCAAAGCUUCAGGGCCAGACAAAUCGUAAUAUUGGCCCUUCUAUCCCCAGGAAUCAAUCCAAUCCUGUCGCCACAGUUCCAGGGCAGUUUCAGGGUGGGAUCUGUGCUUCCACUCCGGGGAGUAAACUGCAAGAGCUGAGAAACAAGCGUGCUUGGACUAAUGGACCAGCUAUUAGAUCCUAUACUCCUCAAGUGCCAACUGUUAACAAACCAUAUAUUCCUUCAGCUUCACAUCAUGAAUUAAGUGUUCCACUUAAUCGAGACGUAGCUCAUUUUGGUUUGGCUGCUAACUUAGGUCAUUCAUCUAAUUUGAUGACCCGGCGGGUAAAUAUUGCUGAAGAACAAGGCUUGACUCACAAAAGGCCCAAGCAGUGGUAGUUGCAGUCUGGUAACUCUCUCAACAGCCUCAUCGCCUGUACAUAUCAUGGGCUAUGCAUAUAGGUUAGGCCGUGUACCUUUUUGUUGGCGACGGAUCAUCUCCUUGGUACCCUUUUGCAAGUGCAUUGUUGGUACUGCUACAUGCGGAAUGGAACUAUACAUAAGUACUUCUGACCCUUUGUAACCCUGUCUGGAAAUGGGCCAUGUCUAACACCCGAGAUCUUUCACAAUUGAAAUACUACUGGUUAAAUACUACUGUUCUGUUCUGCC